CUUGGGUCAAAAUCUCUUAUUCAUCCCAUCUUUCUCGAGCUUGGGGUCCGCUAUGACGAACGUCAAAUCUGGGGCUCAAAUGCUCGUUGCGUCGCUUUUUUGCAGGCCGUCAGUUGUCUCAUUCGUUCUCACUCUCCUCAGUCUGAUAACCAUCUCCACUGUAUUCGUUGGAAGAAGAAUGAUUCCGACCUGAUGGAACCACUCACCUCCCGGUAA